ACCUCAUUCCCCACCCCGGCGUUAUCGCCGUCACCCCUCGCCGCCGACCAAACGCACCCCACGAGCUCCCGCGCGGGUUCAUGUCCAUCUCCCCUACCGAAUCCAGCAGAGGAUCCCACCCGCUCACGCCGCGCACCUCGAACCCUAGCCCCAACCCCCGCCAUGGCAUCACCUCUCACCGCGGCCGCCGCUCCUCCCCUCGGGCCUCCGUCUCGCCGGCCUCCGCCGCGGCGCUCGGUGCCGGCGGGAGCGGCAACAUCUCCGACUCAGUUGUUCCAGCUAUCGGAGAAUCUGUUGAUGCUUCCCAACAGGUAGUUGGAUUUAGAAUAUCCAGAGAAGAGAAUGAUCCAUGUACCCAAGAGGUUGGCAAUGUUUCUGAAUUCCAGUCUUCUGGACAAGCGAGUUCGGGUCUCCCAGUGCACGAUGUUAGCUCAGAUCAGGCAGAUGCUCGGAGACUCGGAAUGGUGGGGUCUCUGCAGAAUGACCAUAGUUCUAAUGGACUUCAGGGUAAUGGAGCUCUGAUGGCCGCGAGAAAGAAUCAGGCUGUGAAUGCCAACCAUCUGCUAAAUUUCCAGUAUGAUCCUAUUUCUCGACCACAGCCUCGGGGCCCUAGAAUAUAUCCAGCGAAAAGGCAAAGGAAGAUCAAACCUUACAACAAGGACUUGUUCCUCCAAGCAAAUUUUAAGUUUGUUGUUUUGGAUACAGGAAAUUAUCAGAUUGAAUCAAUGGAUCCUGAUAAGAUGCUCCAGUGGGAAGAUAUUAUCUGUGUAAGAUACUGUAGCCCUUCUGAGGUGCGAUGUCCUAUUUGCUUGGAAAGCCCAUUGUGCCCCCAGAUUACGUCGUGUGGACAUAUAUUUUGCUUUCCAUGCAUUUUACGUUAUUUACAAAUAGGUAAAGAGGAUUACAGAGGCGAGUGCUGGAAGAAGUGUCCACUGUGUUUCAUGAUGGUAUCAACAAAGGAGUUGUACACCAUCUAUAUUACUCAACUUCAGCAUUUCCAUGUUGGCGACAAGGCGACUUUCACGCUUCUGAGGCGGCCAAAAAAUAGGCUCACUCCUUUUAUUAGAAACCCAUCUACUGAUUUUUCUUCUGUAGAUAAAGAUCCUGGUGAUAUUUUCUCUAAGUUCAUUUUGACAUCAGAUGUGGAGCUCUCUGUUAGGGAAGCAAAAUCAGAUCUCAGUAGUUGGCUGCACAGGGCCGACUUAGGCCUUGUUGAUGACUUGGAGAGACUUCCUUAUGUUUCAGCUGCUUUGGAGCAGCUGGAAGAAAGGAUGAAAUACUGGACUGAGUACAGAAACUACACUAGCAGCCCCCCUCUAAAAGAUAGCUUCUCUCCCGUGCCUAGUAGCAAAUGGAAGAACUCUGAUAAUCUGAAGACUUCGCGCCCCAACAGUGGACAGAGACUGUCCCCUGUUUCAGAUGGAGAUAUUAUCACUGGUGUUUCAGAGCUCUCUAUUUCACCCCAAUCAAAUAAAACUGCCAUUAAGGGAAUGCAAACCAAAAUGGAAGAGAACAAUGCUACCAUGAUUUAUUCAAGUGAACAAGACUCAUACACAUUUUACCAGGUGUCUGAUGGUCAGCACCUAAUUCUUCAUCCACUUAACAUGAAAUGCCUUUUAAACCAUUUUGGAACUCCUGACAUGCUUCCACCAAGAAUAACUGGAAAAAUCUUGGAAUUGGAGACGAUAACACAGUCUGAGGCUACCAGAAAACGCUAUCGUUUCUUAAGUCACUUCUCGUUAACAACAACAUUCCAGUUCUGCGAAAUUGACCUGAGUGAGGAGCUACCUUGUAUCUCACUGGGUCCAUUCAUGGAUGAAAUGAAGAAGCGUGAGAAACAGAGAAAGCGCACUGCCGAGAAGGAAGAAAGCGACAGGGCGAGGGCCGAAGUAGCUGCUGCUGUGCAGCUAUCUGCUAUGCGUUUUGAACAUGCAAACUUCUCCCACAGUCACAACGAUGUUAUGUUCUCUCUGGAUGACUUUGAAGCUCUGGGGAACAUUGCUGGACCAUCAACGAGUCCUCCGGCCAGUGAACGAAAGCUUUUCUCUGAUGUUACACGCCUUGGUUUUGCUUCUGCGCAAGACUCGCCUCCUCUAGGAGUUGACAGUGGGCCUGGGGACACGGCUGGCAAACAUGAAAGCUCAAGAGACCAAGCGCCGGCAGCCACUUCUUCCUUGUCUUUUGCCAGCAUUCUGGCUUCCACCAGGGCUGCCGCGGGCAACAGCGUGGAGAUGCAUAGACCAAAUGGAGCCGGAAAGAAGGGUAAGAAGCCCAGCAAGGUACUCUUGUCUACCGGCGGUGGCCGCCGAUACUAGAGGAAUAAAAUAUGCGGGACACAUUUGGGUGGGUGUUUCCGUUGUUGUUCAAGUCAAAUGUGUAUAGUGCAUAAGCUGAAUUACUGUUCUGUAACAUUCAAGUAGGAGAUAUGUUUUUCUUUUCUCUCAAGUUCCUAAACACGUGUCGCGGGGGUGACAGAGAACCGUGUAAUCCCGCAAGUUCUGGUGACAGGUUGAUAACACACUGUUCGCCGGAUGGGAAAUGGAUUGUACUUGUACAUUAGUACUCCGUACUGCAAUAACAAGAGAAAAACAACUGUUAGGUUGGAACC